CACCAAUCGCGGACGGCGCUGGCCCCCCCCUCUCCCCCCGAGCACCCGACGUGCCGGACUGGGCCUCUAGGCAUCGCGUCUUCGCGUCUUCUUGCGCUGCAGACCGCCGCGCACCGCCGCGCAGACCGCCGCGCAGAGACAUGGCAGCUCAGGCCCCCACCGCAGCGGGCGACGCGGGCGACGCGGGCGCCGUGGGCGCCGUGGGCGAGACGGAGACGGCUGGCCAGCCUGCGCUCGUCAGGACGGCCGCCGCCGCCGCCGACGACGACGACGACGACGACGACGAGGGCGAUCGCGACGGCGCCGGGUGGGAGACGGCCAGUCUGUUCGAGGAGAUACUCGACGACGUGGCCGCGCUGGAGGAGCACUCGGGCAGCCGUGGUUAGAGAGACGCUCGCUGCACCCGCCCGUCCACGCUCACACGCUCGCAGACCCGGCCACGACAUGCGCGCCCGACGAGGC